AUGAGAUCAGUCAAAGAAACGGUUUGUCUGUUCGUUGCUUCACUCAUCACCAUAAUUGAAAGCUGUUCACCUGGUUAUGGUUAUGGUUACGGUUGCCCUGGCGGUGGUCUCCUCUCAAACGUUUUGGGAGGUGUAGGCGUUGGAGCAUACGCUUACGCUGGAGGUGCAGCAGGUUUCAACUACGGCCGUUGCGGUACCCCAACUAUCUUCUAUCACUGGACCUGUUGUGACUAUAAUGUUUAUGAAUGCUGUAUACAAUUAGAGCCUUGGGUCAUAGUACUACUCGUUAUAUUUGGUAUUGGCUUAUUCCUCUGCUGUAUUGGCUGCAUAGCUGCCUGCAUUUGGAGCUACAGUAGAAAUCGCUAG